AUGAAGCUACACGACCUGCUUACAACUCUUCUCACUCUCCAUCUGACAUCUACAUUUUCCCUUGCCAUCGCACCAUUGUUCCCGUUUCUGGGACCAUGUCAAAAGCGAUGUAUCACUCAGUUUGGAGAGAUAAGAGAGCUAGUCACCAACACCGAUUCUGUGUACCGCGAAAUCGACGUCUUCAACAAAACCGAGUUCUCGCUGUGCAAAUUGGGAUGCAACAGCCCCGAAUACACUGAAUUGAACCUGCCUGCGUUUCGCUUUGGACAAUCUGCUUAUCAACAAAUUUCAUUGAACGCUGAAGACAAACCAACACGUGAAAGCAUCGUGAAAGAUGUCAGUAUUCUUUGCCUUGACAAUUUUCCCUACAUGACCAAAAACAGUUCUACUACCAUCAAUAAGCGUGUGCUCACUGGAACAGUAUUGCUAGUACUGGACGAUGGAGUUCCUGAAACAGACCAUAUCCAUUUUGUCGAAAUUGUUGCCAGAGAUGCAGACGAUGAAGAUACAUAUAUUGUAUACCAGGAUUGGUGCUACUCAUCAAGCUGUAAUUUCACGUUCAACACUCCCAUCGAGACAUCUUCUGGACUGGAAGUCCGUUUGAGAGUUUCUACAUUCGAUGACAAUGGAUCAGUCGGAGGGCUUGUGUUAUCCAGAUGGUAUAAUAUCAACCAUAUCUUGGCUAACACUUCUGUCGAUAUGAAACUGAAAUCUGUUAUUUGGAAUGACGAUAAAGCAGCAGCGCGUUUAGCAUUUGACCGAGACGGAAGUGUCCAUGUACCAACUUGCUCCCUUCAAAUGAUGUACAAAAAUGCAUUGAGUGCAGAAUAUAAACAUGUGGAUUUCCAUUUGGAUCGCACUCGAGAAAUCAUCAUCAAGAAACUCGAUUUCAACCAAACGUACACGAUGCGUCUGGUCCCAGCCACGGACUCAAAUCGUCCAUCAAGUGCUCUGGCAACCACUAAAUUCCAAGUUCCGGCUUGCAGUGACAUGGUUAACGACAUGACCAUGUGUGCACCACCGCCUGUCAUGUCGCUAACACCUCACUGGAACCUAUCAUCAACCAACGGAUGUGGACUGGUCAUCGAAUGGUCGUACUUUUCAGACGGGUUCAAAAACCAGACCAUCCCGAUGAUGUCCAUGUCUCAUUUCAUGUUUUUUGUGCAUCCUCUCAUCACGGCAAACAAUGAAAAAUGUGAAAAAUACGAACCGAUUCGAAGAGAUGUUACAUAUACUCAUCGCAAAGUUGUAUUCUACGUCCCUGACGCAGAAUGUAACUAUGAAGUAGAAGUUUCUGCUUUUGAUACUAAACAAAGAACUAGUGAGGUUAAAAAAAUCAAGAUUUUCCCAAUGAACCAACCUGCUUAUAUGUCGUUUCUCCUAGCAAAAGAUAUCCCAACAUCAGUUGGUCUUGGACUACUUUUGGUUAUCGUUCUGUUAAGCUUGGCUUUGUCGGUAUUGUUCGUUGUGCACAAGAAGAGAAAGAAUACAAAAAAAAUAGACGAUGAGAGCUAUGGAACUGGAGAACGGAUGGUGUAUGCAUAUGUUGAUGCUACAGAUGCCUCCAAAACAGUGAUUGGUGUCAGACCGCUGAAUUUCCGACUCGAACCAGUAGAAAAUAUCAAUCGGAAUAUUGAAGCUGCGCUCGCACAACGAACUUAUGGAUAUAACCUUCAUAGUGGAACAAGAAGAGCAAUGUGUCAAAACGAACUCUAUCCAUACUACCAACCACAGAAUCCUUUCCGACGUGAGCCUCGAGAACCACGGAUCCCGAGAAGCACUGUUGAGUUGUCGCGGAAUGAUCAUACUUAUGCCACGAUAAUGGAUUUCCGUAGCGAGACUGAUAUGAGUGAUGAAGUAUUCGAGGACUCCUCAUCAUCCAGUCAUAGCGAAUCUCCAUCUCUGUGCACGUUGCCACCAAUCGCUCCAUACGAAUUUUUUGAUAACUUCACUGCCUUUCCACUUCAAGACUUCCGAGUCCGUCCUCUACAGGAGCCUGUGGGAAGUCAAUACUGGACAAUGACAACAGCAAUGGACGUUGUUAGAGGACACUGUUAUUCAUUAAAAAUUGCAAAAGACUACUCUGAACAAACGAUAACAGCCAUGCGGAAAGAGCUUGAGUUCCUAAAGAUUCUUCCAGUGCAUCAAAAUUGUGUUAGUUCUGAAGGAGUUGUUUUGUCUAGAUGGGAGAACAAUCCAUAUCAAAUUGUUGGAAUUCUCAUGGAAUUAUGUCGUGGUGGAUCUCUUCACAACUAUAUCAUCUCUGUUGGUUCGGUGCUUCGCCGUCAUGUAAUUGGAACUCCAGAAGCUUCCACUAGUGGGAGACCAAUUGAAAACAAUGAUUUGCCACUUAGAAGUUACAAUGAAUCACCAAACCCAUCAUCUGGCUACGACAGUUUUUCUAGUAAAGAUAGAAAAACUCCAGAGACUCAAACUCACCAAGCAGCUGAAUUCUCUCAUCACUAUGGUCGUGUCUCCAUCCGUUUCACUCAAUUCGCCGAACAGAUAUCCUCCGCGUUGGAGCAUCUCCAUCGGUCUGGUAUUGUCCACACCAGAGUUACUACAAUCAGUGUUUAUCUCCUCCGUGAUUACACUGAUCCACUGGAUAUGUUGUGUGACCAAAUGGUAAAACUGGGAGAUUUCGGGAAUGCUGCAAGAAAUGCAGAUGAGGUCGUCGUUGAUCAAAGUCUCCAGCCACCUGAAGUUGCAUUGGGGAAGAAAUAUGAAGCGAAGGGAGACAUUUGGCAAUUUGGAACCUGUCUUGCUGAAAUGUGCAGUUUAGGAGUACCAUUUCAAGCACAAAAGCAAAUUCCAACAUCUGGAUUGGAAGAAUUUGACAAGCUACCAUCAACCGCCGUGCUACAGGAUGCCGCCAAAAGAUGUCUCAAUCCACGAAACCGACCAUCCGCUUCUGAUCUUCGUGGACUAUUCCAAACGGAUACGGCUCGCGACAUCAAAGCAUUGGACAUGGCAACUAUGGAUCAGAUGAGACAGUCAUUACUUAUUUAA